GGACCUACAUUCAUACACACAAAACGUCGCUGCCAGUCCCAGCACCUCCCGCUGGAAAACAGAGCAGCUGUUCCCGAGGGUACAGGGUCUCCCCAGCUGUCUGCUGUCACCAGGCUUCAGCCUCCCGGGCAGUCGUGCUCAGCGCGCCCCUCUCAUCUCUGAGAAUAAACUCUGAAGCCAGUGGCUGUGUGGUCCUGAAUCAUCGCGGAGCCUGUCGGAGCAGGGGGAGUGACUUCCCAGGCCAGGCAAACUAUAUAAGUUCCAGAGGGCUCGGCACUGCUCAUAUCUCUCCCACAGCUACUUACUGCCUGCCAGAGAAGCCUUCGGAGCAGCCCUCGCACAGCACCCACCAUGUCCCAGGCUGGCGCUCAGGAAGCCCCCAUCAAGAAGAAGCGCCCCCCUGUGAAGGAGGAGGAUUUGAAGGGGGCCCGAGGGAACCUGAGCAAGAACCAGGAGAUCAAGUCCAAGACGUACCAGGUCAUGCGGGAGUGUGAGCAAGCUGGCACCACCGCCCCGUCUGUGUUCAGCCGGACCCGGACUGGCACUGAGACCGUGUUUGACAAGCCCAAAGCCGAUCCCGCCAAGAGUGUCUUUGGCUGAGAAGUACACGCCGCUCCCCUCGCCACAGCAAACACCGACGCAGGAGUCUUUCCCAAGAACUUUUUUAUGCCUGAACUCACCCGCUUACCUGUCACCGCUGGGACUGCCACCCCUCCCCCACAGCCCUGGCCCCUCAGCCCAGGGACUCUACACCAGAACCUGGGAAACACCAAUAAAGAGGAUGCCCAAGUGGCCCCAGCA